AUGUCACAACGGUGUGUUAGCGGUGAUGAUAUUUUUAAAGUCAUAGCAGCUUUUUUUCUGAAGGCCCGUCCCUUUACCAAUCUUCAUAAUCUGCGCUUGAUAAGAAUGGUAGGAAAUUGCGCUCUUGCUAGCAAUAUCAAGGAAUCUUCUGUUUGCUUUAACGAGCUUCGUCCCAACGUCAUAUUACCCAAGGCGGGACAACGAAAUGUUCUUAUCACCGCAGCGCUACCCUAUGUUAACAAUGUGCCGCAUUUGGGAAAUAUCAUCGGAAGCGUUUUGUCAGCUGAUGUGUAUGCCCGAUAUUGCCGCUCCAUCGGAUACAAUGCACUUUUCAUAUGCGGUACAGACGAAUAUGGAACGGCAACGGAAACCAAAGCCCUUCAGGACGGCGUUUCUUGCGAAGAACUUUGCAGCAAAUAUUAUGAGGUGCAUAAAGAUGUCUACAAGUGGUUUGGCAUCGAUAUGGACUAUUUUGGACGCACCGCCACGCCCUUGCAAACCGAAAUUACACAAUCGAUUUAUUCGGCCUUAAAGUGCAAUGGAUUUAUCUAUGAAGAUACCGUUGAGCAGCUCUUUUGUGAUUCGUGCUCGCGUUUUCUUGCAGACCGUUUUAUUGAGGGCACAUGCGGCUUUUGCGGGUAUCUUGAUGCUCGUGGUGAUCAGUGUGAUAAAUGCGGCCGCCUGCUGAACGCAGUGACCGAGUUGAAAGAUCCCCGUUGCAAAUUGGAUUCCAAUACUCCAAAAGUCCGUCAAUCGAGCCAUCACUUUUUGAACCUUCCAUCUUUGCAGGAGCAAUGCCAUAACUGGCUUAAAGCUACAUCUGAUAAAGCUAUGGCCAAAUGGUCCUCCAACGCAGUAGAUAUAAGCGAGGCUUGGUUUUCUAAGGGGCUAACUCCGCGGUGCAUCACUCGAGACCUGAAGUGGGGAACUGCCGUUCCAGAUUUUCCAAACAAAGUAUUCUAUGUUUGGUUUGACGCGUGUAUUGGAUACAUUUCGAUCACGGCAAAUUACCUUGCAGCAAGUAAUUGCACAGAAUGGAAAAAAUGGUGGAUGAAUCCAAACGAUGUCGAGCUUGUCCAAUUCAUGGGCAAGGACAACGUUCCCUUCCAUACGGUUGUUUUUCCGUCUUCUUUGCUUGGCACUGGGGAGCCCUACACGAUGCUCAAAUCCAUAAGCACCACUGAGUAUUUGAAUUAUGAAGAUGGAAAGUUUUCAAAGUCAAGAAACAUCGGAGUAUUUGGCGAUCAGGCGGCAAAGACAAACAUUUCGCAGUCUGUGUGGCGUUACUACUUGCUUAUCAACCGCCCUGAAAGCUCAGACUCUGUUUUUUCAUGGGAUGACUUGCAAGCCAAAAACAAUGGCGACCUUUUGGGAAAUAUUGGCAAUCUCGUCUCUAGGAUUGUUAAAUUUGUUACCAAGAUUUACAAAUCCUCGGCACCUAGCUCUCAAUUGAGCGAGUUGAAAACUUUUUCCAUUUUCGAAAAGUUUAUUGGAGACGUUAACGAGCACGUGGCAUCAUAUAUUUGUCAAAUGGAAGAUAUUAAGCUCAAAGCUGCCCUGAAGGAUGUGAUGAUAAUUGGAAAUCUGACAAACACCUUCAUUACCGCAGCACGCCUGUCUUCCUCCCUUUUUGAAGGAUCAAGAAGCGAAUGUGAUACCUUGAUCAAUCUCUCGCUCAAUUCUAUUUAUCUUAUUGCAGCUCUUCUAUACCCAUUUAUUCCAGAGACCUCUGCAAGCAUCUGCCGCCAACUGAAUGUCCCACUGAGAAAGAUCCCUACAUCCGGUGAGCUACCGUUGAAACUCGAUGAUAUUCCUGGCGGACACAUACUUGGAACUCCAGAAUAUCUGUUCCGUCAUCUUGACGAUAAAGAAAUUGCUCUUUUGAGGGCAAAAUUUUCCGGAGCGUCCAUUUAA